CCUGGUGCAUAGUUCUGCGCUACUUUCAUUCCCGGUCAGGCGCGGAUCCAAUUUAAGUGUUUGGAGGUGCGCAUUCCAAUGGCGUUUCGACAUUUUUCCUUAAAUUACGAAAAUUGCCGACAACGUUACCAUGUAAAUGUCGAGAAACCUUUGACGUGACGUCAACAAUGCUUUGACGUUUUAAUACGCUUAUUGAUGUCAAAGCGAUACUACGUACAUUCCUCUGAAUGUAGUUUAACUUCAAAAAUGUGCGAACACAAUCGCUGUUUGACAUUUAUAUUGCAUAUUUAUUUUAAGUGUAUAUAAAUGUAAAAUAGCUGGGCAUGGAUGUAAUACUACCUAAUGAUAUCGAACUACUGUUGGGUUGUACUCUUUACUUCAAACGUUGAAUGGAUAUUCACAUCAAUAGAGACGAAGAGCUGAACAUGUCUUCUUCGCUGAGUGAGACCCCGAAUGAGCUGAAGCUGAAGAACCAGCCCGAUGACGGAAUCACGGCCUGCAAGUUUGGUCCCAACUCGAGUCAGUUCCUCCUCGUGUCGUCCUGGGACGAGACCGUGCGACUGUACGACAUCAUUGCUGAUAACAUGCGCAUCAAGUACAGCCAUGGGUCGCCUGUCUUAGACUGUUGUUUCUAUGAUCCUGUCCACUCGUUCACCGGUGGCCUUGACAAAACCCUGAAGAUGUAUGACUUCAAUGCAACGGCAGAGACUGUUGUUGGAAAGCACGAGGCCCCGAUCCGAUGUGUGGAGUACUGCUCUGACGAGAAUGUCAUUGUCACCGGAAGCUGGGAUUCUACUGUCAAGCUGUGGGACCCGCGGGCUCCAUGCUGUUCUGGGUCAUUCGCUCAGCCAGACAAGGUUUACACACUAGCUGUGUGCGGUGAUAGACUGGUGGUGGGCACGGCGGGCCGGCGCGUCCUCGUGUGGGAUCUCAGGAACAUGGGUUACGUUCAACAGAAGCGAGAAUCGAGCCUCAAAUAUCAGACUCGGUGCAUUCGCACUUUUCCCAACAAGCAGGGCUAUGUAUUAAGCUCCAUAGAAGGCAGAGUUGCUGUGGAAUACCUGGACCCAAGCCCCGAGGUGCAGAAGAAGAAGUAUGCAUUCAAGUGUCACCGAAUAAAAGAGAACGGCCAGGAGCUGAUAUAUCCUGUGAAUGCCAUCGCGUUUCACUCAAAGUACAACACAUUCGCCACGGGAGGUUCAGACGGCUAUGUCAAUAUCUGGGACGGCUUCAACAAGAAGAGGCUUUGUCAGUUCCACAGGUAUCCGACAAGCAUUUCCUCAUUAGCGUUCAGCCACGACGGGAUGGUGUUAGCCAUUGCUUCUUCCUACAUGUAUGAAAACGGCGAGGAUGAUGAUGUCCACGAGAACUUGGUGUUCAUCCGCAACGUCAGUGACCAGGAAACGAAACCCAAGUCAUAGCAUUGCCAGGGGCAUUGAAGGGAAAAGAAGUUUUACACUUGGUGCACACUUUCUGUGAUGUCCCGGUUGUUGAGAGAAAAUACACUUUGGAAGUUGAUGUAUUGUUUAUACUGUACUGUUAAAUAGACAGUUCACUUGACACUUGUACAGUAGAGUUGGCUGUUUUACAUAUUGUGUAGUCUUGUGUUAAAAGACCGUACACUAUGUAUAGUUGUACUAUUUUGUGUAUACUGUGCUGUUUUUUGAAAAUGCACACUACAGUACUGCUACAGUUAAAAGACAAUACACUUUACAGUUUUACACAUUAUGUAUACUGUACUGUUCGGCAAAAUUACAGUGUUACAUACGUACUUACCAGUUUUACAUAUUAUGUACAUGGUGCUGUUUGGAUAAAAUACAUUACAGAUUUACAUAUUGUGUGCAUUAAUUGUGCGUGCUGUUAAAAGAAACUCCCUGCAGAGUUAUAUGUUUUAGUAAACUGGACAUAACAUAAUGCAUUGAUAGCUGUCAAUCAUUUAGAGAAAACAAUAUCUUCUUAUCAUUGUUGGACUGUCAAAUACAUAAUUUUCUUUGCCAGACAUAUUGUGAAAAUUAAAAAACAAUAAGAUUAACUUAAUAACAAAUAAGCUUUUUAGCAAAAUCAGAGGUUCAAAUAAUGGCAUCCUGGACAGUUUUUAAGUCGAACCAUCCCAACCAGUUUUUAACAUUACAAUGGGCCGGAAGAUUUUGUUUUGUCUGUCAUACCAGAAAUUAUUUUACAUAAAGAUUUAUGUUCACACAUUAGUAUGAGUUAAUCAUGUUUGGUUUGGCAGGUUUUGAUUCAGGCUGGUAGAAGUUGUAGGCUGUAGCUUACUGACAUCUAGCAGGAAUGUCAGCCAAUUUCAGCUCAUACAAUUAUUAUGAACUACUAACCACUUAGGUUUGUAUUUGGUAUGUGGCCAGUUGGCUUAUAGAAACUUAAAUUCUGUGAAUGUUAGUUACCUCUAGUUAAGGUAUACUAUUUUUUGCACUUGAAAUAAAAAUUGUUUUAUAUGAAGGCAUCAUUAUGCAAAAUUAGAACCCAUUAAAGUCUGACUACAGCUGGCUGGACAUUUUGGCGUAGUGCAGCUGAUCAGUAGAUAUAUUGCAACUGUUAUAACACAUCUCCACUAUAUCAUAUGAUUGUCUAACAGUUAGUUAAAACCCAUCAAGCUCAAGGUUCACACACGCUUGAAAAAGCCCUAAAUUUGAAGGGUUGCCCUAAAAAGUCCCUAUUUUGAUGAUCUAGCCCUAAAAAGCCCUAUAUUUUAUGGGCAAGUUCACAAAAGACCCUAAAUUGGGCCAUAUAAGCCCUGAAAUUGAUGGACAUUUUUCUUCUUCCAGAAACAUUAAAUAAAUUGCCAAAAAUACAUCAGUAUCUACUUUCAUUUGUUGAUCUCUGUGUUUGCUCGAACGUUGGUGUGUAAACAAUGCCAAAAUGAUACUAAUGAUUCAUUCGUAAAACAUCGUCUAUGUUCGGUAUUGUUCAUAGGAUUCAUUCGUAACUUUCGGAUCAUUCUAAAACGAAACAUGUUUCUAAAAUACUAAUCAAGAGUCUUAAUCUCAGUGCAAAGUAGACAAAAUGGAAUAUUCUAAAAUUAUCUUAACUGAAUCGGACAUUUAUGACUAUGUGGAUUGUAUGUAUUUAUGUUUAUUACGUGUAGGGCAGUUCUCUGUCGAUUCCGACGACCCGCUCAAACACUCCCAUUAUUUUGUCGAGUUCGAGGUCAUUGCAAAUGGUGGACAGCAACGUUUUAGUCCCUAAAUUUUACUUACGUUGAUCCUAAAAGUCCCUAAAUUCAGGUUUGAAAUUUCUGUAUGAACCAUGAAGUUGUCCACCUUCAGAUAACUUAUAACCUACAGUUGAUUAAAAUAAUAUAUCUUCAUAUUAUGAUAAUUUUUGUUUUCCGUUUAAAUUUUUUCAUAUUAUACUGGAUUUAAGUUCUACGGUAUUUUUCUCGACAGAGCAUCGGUAAAUACUGAUUAACAGACUGUUGAUAUUUUUCAUAUUAGAAACUAUUCGUGAUGAAUCCUCCCAUAUAUUCAACAAACUGUACUUUAAUUUGCGUUUAGCGACUUGGCAAAUGACCUGUUGAACCCCACUUGUGAUUGAAAGUUGCUUUUAGCUAGUUGUAGACUUUUAAUGACAUCUUUGACCUUUUGUCCAAAUUUGAAUCGUUCAUGGAAUCUGAGAGUGAUGUAAUCUCGUAUCCUUGGCAUUGAGUGACAGUCUGUCCAUGUUCUAGGACAUGGGCGGAAGUGAUGAAUGCUUGCAAGAAUAGGUGAAAUAGUGUGCCUGCAAAAAUAAAACAAAUGUAUCAUCAUUGACAUUCACUAGGACCUGUUUUUCCAUGUAUACAUGUAUGCCAACUUGAAAGAUGCUGAGAAGGUUGUUACAGUAACACCUGGACCCCCCCCAUCUUCGCACAUAAGCCAAGAGUCCUAUUCCAUAUUCAGUGAAACUCCUUGAAACCGGACACGCUCGGGACCAAGUAAAAAGAACGUUUUUAAGAGUUAUCCAUUUCACAGUCGAGGUUCUAGUCUGCACAGAUAUUUAAACAGGGGCCAUGCAAAACAUCUGGUUUUCGGGGAAUUCUGGUUUAGAGAGGUUUCGCCGUACUUGAAGAAGAUGAAAGACGUCCCAAACCUCAUGAAUUGGGAGGGGAUAUUUUUUCUUUUCUUUAAAGCCUCUUUACAUUUUCUGGCCAUGUAUGUGGGCUUAUAAUAAAUAACUGCUAAGUAUCAAGAUUUGGUUAUGAACAUUUGUAUCUUGAUUCGCGUACAAAUAUAUUUGUAACAUCAACAAUGAUUAAAAAAAAAAUAUAUAUAUAUAUAUA